ACGUUUCAAGCAGCAGCAACAACAGCAGCAGCAGCAGAUGCCAUGCAGCUCAACGCCCCACACCACCGGGAGCAACAGCAGCAGCAGCAGCAGCAAGCUUUAGACGUUUUCAGCAGAACGUUUCGAAGGGCCUACAGUCUCGUGAGGGCCUCCCCGCCUCCAGAGGAGGGAGAAGUUUCAAGUCUUGCUGCGGAGGAACCUCAUAUAGAACUUUUCAGUUGCAGCAGCAGCAGCAAUGGCAACGUCGACAGCAGCAGGAGAGUUGGCGGAGUUAUUGAGCGUUGUAGAAUUAUUGCUUCAGCUCCUCCUAUGCGGGGGAAGGUGCUUACUGCUGUUGCCUUAUGCGGCCGCCGGUGUCCCAGCAGCAGCAGAAGCAGCAGCAGCAGCAGCCCACUGACAGGAGCCGAAAUACAAAAGUUGCUGCUGUGUUGGUUGCUGCCCUUACAAAAGGAACUGGUAGAAGUUGCCGGGGUACUUGGAGGGGUAUUGAAUGCUGCUGGCUGUCUACUAGGAUCUUCGCUGCAGCGAGCUGCUGCUGCUGCUGCUGCAACGGCAGCAGCUCCCACUUUAGCAGCUGCAGCAGGAGCGGCAGCACCCAUCAAGGACUUCUGCUGCAGCCUCUCCCUAUGGGGAAGUAUGCCGACUGCAUCUAUCCUCCAAUUCGUUGCUUCCAUAACAGCAGAAACAGCAGCAGAAAUGCUACAGCAGCAGCACCAGCAGCAGCUAGUCCAGCAGCAGCCGCUGCUUCGCGAAGAGGAGCAGCACACGCAGCUGCAGGUGCUAAAGCCAUCGGUAUGGAUUCAGCUGAUUCCUUUCUUAAGGGAGGAAUCUCUAAUGGAUUUGCUGCUGCUCUCUGUCUUUAAGGCCAAGCUGCUACAGCAGCAAAUCGAGCAGCACCAGCAGCAGCUGCUGCAGAUGCAGCACGGGCAGCAGGAGGAGCGGGUGCAGCAGAUGUUUGUUGAUGCAGUAGAGAGAGUCGUAUCCCUUGAACGAGUGUCUCCAGACGCGUGGUUUGCUGCUGCAACAGCAGCAGCGCAGCAUCUGCUAUCUCUUAUUCAGCAACAGCAGAAGAUCUUGCAGCUCCUUCGCCCUCUGUCCUCAACCCAAUACGAGCAUACCAGAAGCAGCAGCGCCAGUCAGCGGCGCCAGCGAGGGUCUCGCAAUGAGGUGUAUCUGUUAGGAGCUUUCUGUGCUGAAUUUGGUGGUAUCACACCACAGAUGCUUCUGCAGCAACAGCAACAGCAGCAGCAACAGCAGCAGCAACCGCAGCAGCAGCAACAACAACAACAACAGCAACAGCAACAGCUACAACAGCAGCCUCUGGGAUUUUACAUACGCUGUUGGAUGAGGCUCCUUGGGUGUCUUUCAGCCUUGCUGCUGCAACACCGCGUGUCUGCUGCAGCAGCAGCAACAGCAACACAGAUCGAAGCCAUUUUGCAGCAGCACGAGGUUUGUUCUGCUGUCUCUACUGAAUGCUCAAAGGAGACUUUGGGGCUUGAUAGAGCAUGCAAACAUUUAAGGACUUGUCAGAGAUAUUGUCUAACGGAGUUGUUGCAGCAUCUGCAGCAGCUCAAGGCCUUUAGCGAACUCAUUGCCGGGAUUUACUUCUGCUUUGAAGCCGGGAGCACGAACUCAUCUGAGCCUGCAAGCUACAGGAGGGGGCUACCCCAGCAGGAGCACCAGUGCGGUGAUCUGCUGCCUUCUUUUGUAGGGCAUAAUGCCAACCUGAAGACGGAAGAGUUGCAGUUGCUUGACCUGUAUCUUUCUCUAGCGGGUCUAGGGUUUAGGGUUUAG